GCACCGUCAUUAGAAAAUCAAUAUUUAUCAGUGUUAAGACAACAUAGGCAGCUCUCCCUCGCAAAAGAAAGCGCCCUACCUCCUAAAAACCCAACAUCAAAACAAGGCGAGAUAUUCUAUGAGGCAUCUACAGAAUUUGCUAAUGGGAGUCCAAGUGACUUGCACGAGUUGUGAUGGUCUAGGGUACGCGAUGUGGAGGACAGUUUCGUACACUGUAGAGAGAACAGUGCAUUUGAUCAAAUUUGAGUGAGGAGACACCAACAGUACAGUGCCAAUAUGGAGCAAACAAUUGGUAAGCAAGUUGCCUUCGCACAAAUGCAAUUGUCUCAACCAAAGACAUCGUCAUCGACAAGAGAAAAUUUACCACUUAGACCUUUGGCAUCUCCUCACACAAAAUGCAUUUCCAGCCGAUUGAGCACAUGGCCGACGAAACCUACAUUGCCCAGGGUGAAGGCGCUUACCAAGUGGAAGUGGAAAUGGACGCACAGGCUGCCAACGACGCCCUAGACGAUGUUUUCGGCUCUGGACCCUCGUCGCCCACCGCAGAGCAUCAUGACGCGCCUUCUAGCGCUGUUCACCCGUCUGACAUGCGCCGAUUAGAGACCGAGCACUCUACCGCUGGGUACCGUGAGGGCGUCAGCGUCGCCAAAGAGAGCAGCAUACAGGCGGGCUUUGACGAGGGUUUUAGCCUGGGUGCCAGCGUUGGCCUGAGGGCCGGCCAGCUGCUGGGCUUGCUAGAGGGCAUCGCUGGUGCUAUGCGCGGCCGCGAUGACCCGGAUGCAGUGCGGGUGGGAGGGUUGUUGAGCGAGGCGCGGAAGGAGCUGAGUAUCGGGACCAUCUUCAAACCAGACUACUGGGCCGAGGAUGGCAACUGGAAGUACGAGGUCCAGCCAGCCCAAGGUGAGGACGAGGUCGUCUUCACCGACGUAGCCGAGGCGCACCCCUUGAUACGGAAGUGGACGGCGAUUGUGGACGAACAGCUUUCCCUGUGGAAGAUUGACCGAACGAUCUUGGACGAUGAGACCGGACAGCGCCUUGAUUCGGUCAUGGACGAACCGAUUGCCUCGUCGGCAGUUCCGGCAGCACGGAAACCGCUAGAUUGGUGAAGGAGAUCCUCUCAAGCCUCAAGUUUCAGAAGAAAAUGUUACAUCCGACAGUUCGAAGGCGAAGAGUGAGCCGGGCCGGAGCCAGAGCUGGCCACACCCAUCCAGCUUCCA